AAUUGUGGAUAACUCAAGAACCCAAGGAACAGAUUUGCAUUUUCAGCCUCAAGGCUAUUACAACUACAAGAGGAUCCUUCUUCCUUGCUUCCUCACUCUUUGGCCCUUCUUCCUUGCUGUAAAAGAUCGGCAUGGAGCGGUUGUCAGCUGAACAGAUUUCUGAGUUCCAAGAGGCCUUCUGCCUCUUUGACAAAGAUGGAGAUGGUUGCAUUACCCUGGAAGAGCUGGCCAUUGUCAUUCGAUCACUGGGUCAGGACCCUUCUGAAGAAGAGCUGAAGGAUAUGAUCAGGGAGGUCGACAUCAAUGGAAAUGGCACCAUAGAGUUCACCGAGUUCUUAAAUUUAAUGGCGAGGAAGGUCAAGGAAACAGAUGCAGAGGAAGAACUUAGAGAGGCCUUCAAGGUCUUUGACAAAGACCAAAAUGGAUACAUCUCAGCCAGUGAGCUGAGGAAUGUGAUGAUCAAUCUUGGAGAGAAGAUGACAGAUGAAGAGGUUCUCCAGAUGAUCAGGGAAGCCGACACAGACGGCGACGGACAAGUGAAUUUCGAGGAGUUUUCGCGGAUGAUGAUGGCUGUCUGAAGAACAUCUGAAGUUGAAAGUUUCAUGUUGUUUUCUUGUUUAAUUCUUGGAAUGUCCAUGAGUUUGUUGUUGAUACUUGUAACUCUUAAGUAUGUGCUACAAAGGUGUCUAAAAUUUCCUAAAUUUUCAACGAUAUGUAAUCAUGUUAUAUAAAAGACUGAUUUUAUAUAUAAAAAAAGGUAUUAGAAGUAUUUUAGUUUUGUGUAUCA